AUGCCGGAUUUCAUCAAGUUUGCGAUGUACGGCGCCAUCAAGCCGCCUGCGGACUACAACCCAGACAACUACUAUGUCGACAAGGAGGACAAGAAAAGCAAGAGAAACAAGAAGAGCAAAGACGCCAACGGCAACGAUGACCGCUCGUCCGUCAGAAGCUUCGAGGGCUCGGAUGAAACAGUCGUAGACAAGGACGGCAAGACCACCACGCGCCAUGGGGGGAGAGAAACGAAGGAUACCUUGCAGGCACCGGAAGGAUCAUCUCGCUCAAAGUCCAGGUCCAGGUCGAGAAGGAGGGUGAAGGUUCACGACGCCGGUCCAGGGGGUGCGAAAGGCGUGUUCAACAGCGUUUUCGGACAACACGGCUACGCCAAUGGUUGGGCCAGCCUCAAAUGGUGA